GGUCAAAGGAUGGAGGAACUUAUCUUCUAGGAAAAAUGUCUAUGUAGACCUCCCUUGAAAGUGGAACUACAGUCUGGUACUUCUAGCACAAGCAUUAUAACACCAGACUAACAUUUCCUGAGAUAUCUCAUUUAAUCACAGAAAAGGUAGAAACUGAAAUCAUUCUUAAACAUACCAGGUGCAGAGCACAACACAGUAGCCAUGAAUGACAUUGCACAGAAAACCGAGAUUCUGCUUUCUUCAUCUAAACCCGUCCAAAAAUCCUAUGUGCCCAAGCUUCACAAGGGUGAUGUAAAGGAUAAAUUUGAAGCUAUGCAGAAAGCAAGGGAAGAAAGAAAUCAAAGGAGAUCUAGAGAUGAAAAGCAAAGAAGAAAAGAACAAUAUGUUAGAGAGAGAGAAUGGAACAGGAGAAAGCAGGAGAUGAAAGAACUGCUGGGAUCUGAUGAAGACGAUGAUGCAAAAUCAUCUAAAAUAGAGAAAGGUUACGUUCCAAAGCUCAUAGGAACUGUUAAAGGCAAGUUUGCAGAAAUGGAGAAGCAAAGGCAAGAAGAGGAAAGAAAAAGAAUGGAAGAAGAAAGAAAGCGCAGAAUUGAACAGGACAUGAUUGAGAAAAGAAAAAUUCAAAGAGAAUUAGCAAAAAAAGCACAGGAGAUUGAUGACUUUAACAAUACGGGAACUGAAUCAGCAGCAGAGGAAGGGGAUGACUCACUGCUAGUUACAGUAGUGCCUGUAAAACCCAACAAAACACCUGGGAAGAUGAAAAUAAACUUUGAGAACACGGGAAAGGAGAAAGCAGAAGAAAAAGAGAGACAGGAUGAAGGAAUGAAGGAACAAAACCAAGUCCUUAAGGAAACCAAGUGCCUUUCGUUUGUCAUGGAUGAAAGUGAAGACACUAAAACACAAGAGCCUCUGUCUCCUGGUAAGCUGAAGGUAACUUUUGAAGAACUUGAAAGGCAAAGACAGGAAAACCAAAGGCGUCAAGCAGAGGAAGAAGCAAGACAGCGUUUAGAAGAGGAAAAACGUGCCUUUGAGGAGGCCAGACAGAGAAUGAUAAAUGAAGGUGGUGAUGAAGAAUCUGAAAAUUCUCUUAAAGAAUUUCGCCCUGGUAAACUCAGACUCAGUUUUGAGGAAAUAGAAAGACAGAGGAGAGAAGAGGAAAAGAGGAAAGCAGAAGAAGAGGCAAGACGACGCAUAGAAGAGGAGAAAAGGGCAUUUGCUGAAGCAAGGAGAAACAUGCAGGUGCUGGAUGAUGAAUCUCCAGAAAUGUUUAAAACAGUUUCUCAAGAAUCUCUCAUACCUGGUAAACUGGAAAUUAAUUUUGAGGAGUUGCUGAGACAAAAAAUGGAAGAAGAAAAAAGACGCACAGAAGAAGAGCGUAGGCAAAAGCUGGAAAUGGAAAAGCAAGAAUUUCAGCAGCUGAGACAAGAAAUGGGAGAGCUGGAAGAAGAAUGUGAAACAUUUGAGCUAAGCAAAGAAUAUGAAGAAUUAAUCAAGCUAAAAAGAAGUGGCUCUAUUCAGGCAAAGAACUUAAAAAGCAAGUUUGAAAAAAUAGGACAACUGUCUCAAGAAGAAAUACAGAAGAAGAUUGAAGAAGAGAGAGCCAAGAGAAGAGCAAUGGAUGAAGAAAUAAGAGAGAGGGAAGCUGAAAAAUUUCAAGAGGAUGAUGAGGUAGAUGUGAGACCAGCCAAGAAAUCUGAGGCUCCAUUUACUCACAAAGUAAACAUGAAGGCUCGUUUUGAGCAAAUGGCCAGAGCCAGGGAAGAAGAAGAGCAGAGGAGAAUUGAGGAACAGAAAUUACUACGGAUGCAGUUUGAACAAAAAGAAAUUGAUGCAGCAUUACAGAAGAAAAGGGAGGAGGAAGAAGAAGAAGAGGGAAGCAUUAUUAAUGGCUCUACUUGUGAAGAUGAGGAUGAUCAAGCUCGAUCUGGAGCUCCCUGGUUCAAGAAAUCACUGAAAAACACAUCAGUUGUAGAUGGCGAGCCCGUGAGAUUUACAGUUAAAAUUACUGGAGAACCAAAGCCUGAAGUUACAUGGUGGUUUGAAGGAGAACUCUUGCAGGACUCUGAGGACUAUCAAUAUAUUGAAAGAGGAGAAACCUACUGCCUUUACUUGCCAGAAACCUUCCCAGAAGAUGAAGGGGAAUAUAUGUGUAAAGCAGUGAACAACAGAGGCACAUCUGCUAGCACGUGUAUUCUCACCAUUGAAACUGAUGACUACUAAUGUUCUACUUUAGCUGGAAUCUUUCUUCCCCUCAAAACUUUCUUACUGCAUCAUCUCUUUCUCUGAUGGGGCCAACUAAAGAAUGCAAGGAUAUCCAUUUGUCAUUCCUGCACCACAUAACAACAACCUUCAGAUUGUGAGAGUGUCAAGGUUCCUUGCUCAAUACAAAUAAAAAAAUGAUUAUUAAAGGUGAAAAAAGAAGGAAUCAAUAUAUGAAACAUCACCUAAGGGAAAAAGCUGAAUUAGACCAGUGCUCCCACAUUUGAAGACAAAGUGUUGUGUACUAAUAUACAGCUAUAUACACAAUUUGGAAACUUGUGUAGUAGUGUACAUCUAUUGGAAUAUUUUGCAUGAACACUGAGUAUUUAAGCUGUUUUGCUUUAUCCCAGAGGUAAAAGGAAAUACUUAUUGAUGAUUUAAAAAAAACCAAAAACAGUGUACUAUUUUUAAAGAAUAAAAGAUUACAUAACUGCUCACUUUGGUUGUUUUGUUUUAAAGAGCAUUUGUUAUUUUGUUUUAAAAUGGGUGUGCAUAUAAACUGUUAUGCUCUUAUCAACAUUUGGUAAUUCAAAAGUAAAAAACUCAGCAAGGCUUAGUCCCAAGAUGUGCUUGUAAAAGUUUUAGGGUUUUUCAAUGCUUAAAUGAUACAAUAACAAUCGGUGACAAAAUGUGAGGCUAUCAUGGCUCAGUUGGUAGGAAGGAAGCUUUAAGAAAACCAUGUUCAGAGAGUAAGUGCUUUCUCAGUCUUUGUUCUCAAUUGAAUAAAUCUACUGCUGCCAUCUCUCAACACUG